GCCAACCAGCUGACAGACACUGCACUGGAACGAAUGCAAGAAGCCGACGCCAACAGCCCAACAGCCGCUGCCGCAGCUCUCCGCCACCACCAAAUCAAUCAACCCCCACUCGCUCUUAAAAUCAAUCAACCAAGAAUCCCCUUCCCCUCCCUCCCCUAAUCAAACCAAACCCCUCCGGUCCCCCUCUCCUGUUCCCCGUCUCUUUUCUUGGUCGUCGGCGCCUCCUCUGCUCCGUUCGGUCGCCGUGGUUGAACAAGCAUCGCCAUGGCGGAAAAAGGAAGCCCCCUGCCUAAGUUUGGGGAGUGGGACGUCAACGACCCUGCUUCAGCUGAGGGAUUUACUGUAAUAUUUAACAAAGCUAGAGAUGAGAAGAAGACUGGAGGAAAUUCACAGGGACAAGAUGAGCAAGUGAAAAGUGAACAGCAACCAUCUGGGCAAGGCUUCAAUGCUCCCAAGGUAGGCAAUACAAAGAAAUGGUUGUGCUGCUUUCAACCCAGUGCCGCUGAAUCCUAAAGUUCACAAGAUAGCAUCUGGAUCGUGGAACUGAGCUGUGCUUACCUCUUCAAAUUUCUGAAGACAUUCUGUGAUAUCCAGGGAAACAUGUUAUCAUGAUUCUUUUACAGUUGUGUGAUGAAAGAUGGUCUGGGAAACAAGUAAUGUUACUAGUCUGUCUCUGGCAUGUACAUUAUUUGCAACUUAUAUAUCUGGGUAAACUUCGGUUGUGUAUAUUGAUGCAUAAAAUCGUGCUUGGUCUAAUUGACUCAAUGAACAUUUGUUCAGCUGAAAGAAGGGGAAAGGUACAGGGUAAAAUGAAAAGAAAGCAAAAGAUAUGGAGUA